GGGGACCGCGCGACCGGGCCGCGGCGACGGGCGCCCGGGCUGGCCAGGCGGGCCGAGCGCGAGGACCCCGAGAAGAGCCCCGGGAAGCUCGCCGGCGGCCGGGGCGGAGGGGGCGCCAGUCCGCGUCGCUGUCGCGGGUGGGCGCUGGAGGCAGGGGACGCCGGCGCGCGGACCGACUGACUUACUGACCGAGCGCCGGAGGCACACCGCGCUCCACCCCACCCCUCCGCACCCCGCCUCGCCUGCGUCCCGGCGCCGGCGCCGCCUCCCCUCGGCCCCUCCGCUGCUCGCUCUUCCUCCCCUUCCUUCUCUACUUCUCCUCUGCCUCCGCCUCUUCUUGCCUCCCGCGGCGCCAGCGCUUUCCCGCGGCCCGGGCGGGGCGCCUCGGCUCCCCGCCGAGCUCUCCUAGAGUCUGGGGGGACGUUUCGUUCUAGCGGAGAACCAGCCCUCGAGCUGGGCCAGAGGUGACAAGGGAGCUUCUGCCCCGAGGACCGGGGGAUGCGAAGGGAGAAAAUCAGCAGGACUUAAGUGGUGCACCUGAUUGUAGAGUUCUGGAAGGAGGAGGCAUCACAGUAAGUCCAAGGACUCCCUCCUGCCGUCUCUUUCUCAGUCAUUUUGAAGCUGGCCUAAUUGAACACUGAGGUUAUGAAGUCCAUCCUAGAUGGCCUUGCAGACACGACCUUCCGUACCAUCACCACAGACCUCCUCUACGUGGGCUCAAAUGACAUCCAGUACGAAGACAUCAAAGGCGACAUGGCAUCCAAAUUAGGCUACUUCCCACAAAAAUUUCCUUUAACUUCCUAUCGGGGCAGUCCCUUCCAAGAAAAGAUGACUGCAGGAGACAAUGCCCAGCUGGUCCCAGCAGACCCAGGGAACCUUACAGAGUUCUACAACAAGUCUCUGUCAUCCUACAAGGAGAACGACGAGAACAUCCAAUGUGGGGAGAACUUCAUGGAUAUGGAGUGCUUCAUGAUCCUGAACCCCAGCCAGCAGCUGGCCAUCGCCGUGCUUUCGCUCACACUGGGCACUUUCACAGUUCUGGAGAACCUGCUGGUCCUCUGCGUCAUCCUCCACUCCCGCAGCCUCCGAUGCAGGCCUUCCUACCACUUCAUCGGCAGCCUGGCAGUGGCAGAUCUCUUAGGGAGCGUAAUUUUCGUCUACAGUUUCGUUGACUUUCACGUAUUCCACCGCAAAGAUAGCCCUAAUGUGUUUCUGUUCAAACUGGGUGGGGUCACAGCCUCCUUCACCGCCUCUGUGGGUAGCCUGUUCCUCACGGCCAUCGAUAGGUACAUAUCUAUUCACAGGCCCCUGGCCUACAAGAGGAUCGUCACGAGGCCUAAGGCUGUGGUGGCCUUUUGCUUGAUGUGGACCAUAGCUAUUGUAAUUGCCGUGCUGCCUCUCCUGGGCUGGAACUGCAAGAAACUACAAUCCGUUUGCUCAGAUAUUUUCCCACUCAUUGACGAAACCUACCUGAUGUUCUGGAUCGGGGUCACCAGUGUCCUGCUGCUGUUCAUCGUGUAUGCGUACAUGUACAUUCUCUGGAAGGCUCACAGCCAUGCAGUCCGCAUGAUUCAGCGUGGAACCCAGAAGAGCAUCAUUAUCCACACAUCGGAGGACGGCAAGGUACAGGUAACCCGGCCGGACCAAGCCCGAAUGGACAUUAGGCUGGCCAAGACCCUAGUCCUGAUCCUGGUGGUUUUGAUCAUCUGCUGGGGCCCUCUCCUUGCAAUCAUGGUAUACGAUGUCUUUGGGAAGAUGAACAAGCUCAUUAAGACAGUGUUUGCCUUCUGCAGUAUGCUCUGCCUGCUGAACUCCACCGUGAACCCUAUCAUCUACGCUCUGAGGAGCAAGGACCUGAGGCACGCUUUCCGGAGCAUGUUUCCCUCGUGUGAAGGCACUGCGCAGCCCCUGGAUAACAGCAUGGGGGACUCGGACUGCCUGCACAAGCACGCAAACAACACAGCCAGUGUGCACAGGGCCGCGGAGAGCUGCAUCAAGAGCACAGUCAAGAUCGCCAAGGUGACCAUGUCUGUGUCCACAGACACGUCUGCCGAGGCUCUGUGAGCCUGAUGCCUCCCUGGCAGUUCAGGAAAAGAAAUUCAUUUUUUUUUUUGUAAAGCUCAAAAUCAAGAGGAGUCUGUCGUCUCAUCGGUUAUAUUUUUUUAAGUUUACCAUGCUCAGUGGAAAGAUGACUGUCACCGUGCUCAUUUAUCAGUUUGCUGACAUUUCAAUAGUUUAGGUACUCAAACUCCAUUCUCCAGGGGUUUACAUUGAAGAAAGCUUGCUGCUUAAGUGACUGAACAGUUCUUCAGACUCUAACUGAAAUAGAAGGGAAACCUUUGGCAACACAAUUUGAAGUCCAAGUACCCAUAGAAAAAUGCCAUCAAAUGAGUAAUACCUUUGUAAUCACAACUUCCAUUUGUAUGUGACGUGUCUGUCCCUAGUAUCAGAGAUGUCCAUUUUUACAACAGUCAUAGUGCUAUACUAGAGAAAUUUUGUAAAAUAUAGUGUGUCUUGUGAGUUGUGUAUCAGUGUUUACUAUAUGUUAUUUAUAUUUGUCUAGUUUAGCAAAACCGAAAGGUAGACUUUUAUGGGAACAAUGAAAAAAACACAGCAGUGGAUAAUUGCCAAUGAGGCCACUUUUUAAAAAUUACUGUCCAUGAUGUUCUAGAAACCUUACUAUUUCUUCAAAUAUCUCCAUCUUAAUUUGACACUGAGAUAACCAUAAAGUUUAUUUUUCUGAUAAAAGAGCAAGAAGAAUUUGAAGAUUAUCCAAAGUAUUUAGCAGAACUUAUUGACACUUAAACAUUUAUUAAACCCUGUAUUUUCAAAGGAGGACGUUUAUCAUCUCCUGCACCAUAGCUGUUCUAUUGGGUAAUGGAACUCAAUAGCUGUUUCAGAAUGGAAAUGAGAAGGCGUAUUGACUUUUUUAGGCUGACAUCUCUGACUUUCUUUAGUUGUUAGCUAUUACUGGACCUCUUAAAAUAGCAUGUGUCAAUCUGAAUGUAUAUUGUUGUCACCGUGUAGGUGCUGGUUUACUUGAAGAGUAUUGCAUUCUUAUAUUCCAGGUUUAAGUAGAUUUCAUGCCUGGUGGCCAAACAAUAGUUCUCAUUUUUUUGUUAAUUGAAAAAAGUAUUGUCCGGAUAAGUAAAAUUAUAUUGUGUGAGUGUGAAUAUAAAUGUGUAUAUGUGUAUGUUUUCUAUCUUGUAACUGUUACCACAGUGUCAUAAAAGUGAGAAAACUGUGACCAAGUGUAAACUGUACCACUUGCUGCACACUUGCACAUGAAUGCAGUUUCUAAAAUUGAGUUCUUCCAGUUGAAAAAAAUUCUGAUUAUAAAGCAUUCAGAAAAAUUUGGCCCCUUUAAGAGAUUGGGCCAAGUAUUAGUAGAUUAGCUGUUGGAUAUAACAUAAGACCAGUGUUUAGUAAGGAAUAGUCAAUGACAGAUAUUCAAGUCAACAUUUGUAUUUACAGUGUCGUGGGAAAAUGAGAGUGUGUUGGUUUCUGAGCACCUAGUAUCCAUAAAGUUUCUAAAACCCCCAAACAGUAGCAUUUUUCAAUUGUAUGUGUAGAUAGCAUGAGCCUAGUUUUAGUAGCAUUAUACACAACAUACUGAAGCAGGACUACCAUGUCUGGGUCAUGUGGCUAAGGAGGCUGAAUCAGGAAGUGAGUGAGACAGGCAAUGAAGAGCUAGCAACCUUGAGACUGAGGUGUGGGUGACGUAUGCUCAACCUAUGCUUUGUUCAGAUGCCCUUCAUAAAGAUGAAGAUGGCUUUCCUUCUUUGGAUAUCCUAAUCUCAUGUUUCUUAAUGGUGCCAUAAGUGCUCAGAAUUAGGCCCUUUUCUAGGAGGGAAAGAUAGGGUUUAAGAAGCCACUGGACCCUGUCAAAUUUACAUACAGUCUUUCCUCCUUAUGCAGAUAAAGAAUGGCUCCUGCAGGAUACUGGGGGAAGGGCAGAGCUAGCAUCUAUCUUGUCAUUUGCUCUAGUGAAACCCAGACAACCUGAUGGAGCAAUUUAUGGUCUAAGAUGGCACGUGACCUGUAGACAGUGCUGGGAGACAGCCAGGAUCUGCCUGGGCUUUUCUCACUUUGCCUUUCUGUGAUAUGCAAAUAAGAGCUCAGAGUGCUGGAGGGUGAAAAAAAUCUUUAGAAGAAGAUAAGAUUAUUGACAAACAAAAAUUACCAGGUUUUAGUUUCUAUUUAAGAAUUGCCAAUCUCUGUCCUGCCUCAUCCUGAAUAUUAAUCUAUGUAUCUUAGAGUUCACCAGGCAGUACCAAAUCUCUUCACAUAACUAUCAAGACCUGGUGGAGAUGAAAUUCUUAUAGGCAUAAAAAAAUUUCCAGGAUUCCUUUUUGAAACUGUAUUUGUGUGAAUGCCAUGUAGAUUUAAUAAUGUAUUAUGCUUUUAAGGCCUAAAUCAUAUAUAAAAAUUAAGGGACAAUGGGGCUGAUAGCACUAAACUUGGUGCUUACUGAUAUUCUAAGAAAUAUCUGUGAAAUAUCAUAUGUGUGUUCUACCACUUCCAUUUAAAAACAUUUAAAAUUAGUUGGAUUCAUUUUGACACUUCCCAUAUCAUUUCCUAAUCCAAGUGACUAAAAUGUUCUCCCCAAUGAAUACACUCAUUAGAAUUACCAUUCAUUAGCAUCAUUCAUUAACUAGUUCUUUAAUUAGAUCCAUUAAUUUAAAUAUGAUUUAAAUUUAAGUAUUUAUAGGCUCUGGCAACAGAGUUAUCCACUUUUCCUCUGAGGAUGACAUUUGUCCUGAGUGUGCAUUCUGCCAUCAUUCGUCUUCAGAAAGGGCCAGAUUCCUAACCCACUCAGCUUCAGAAUUGUAAUGACUUGACUAACAGUCUGAUUUAGACAAGCGAGGCUGCCUCCAAGAAUCACUUAUUUUUCACUAUAUACUGAAUAUAUAUAAGAGAAAUAUGGAUCUGGGAGAUGCUGCAGACACAUGCCUGCAACUGAGAUGAUUCCCAAGCCUUCCUGGUAGUUUGAAUCAGGUCUGUCUGUUAUUAAAUGUCAAGGAAUUUUGGCUGCCUAAAUGCAUACUGCAGGAAACAGGCCCAACCACCAAAUGAAAACCAGGCCCUGGAUGAGUAGCACUCUAAUUACUGUCCUGUUCAAUAUUUUCUGCCAUUCCAUAUCCAGAAAAGAGACUACCAGUAUCAUGCACAAAAUUAGAUUUCUCACACUCUUUAACUGUAUAUUUGUAUGAUAUUUUAAAAUCUCCUACAUGCUGGGCAAUGGCUAUUCACAAUUGUCUUGCACUGGCCUGAUGAAAUGUUGGCAAUGCCUAUUGUAAUAUAGACAAAACAUUCUACUGAUUUGGGCUGAAUGUAUGUAAAUAGGUUUUUUAAAAGCUAGAUGCUUAAGCAAUGGAUUACCAAUCAGUGAUUUUCAGACAGGAGAGUUCUUUACAUUGCUGUGACAUCCUAAAAAGCUCUCUUCAUGUAAACUUACUGGACUAGGCCUCCUGGGGAUCAGAAUCCCCAAGAAAGGAAACUUUUUUCUUGUAAUAAUAUGAAUUAAUAUACCAGAUCACCUAGAUUUUUAUUUCCAGUGUUUCAAGUGGAAGACAUAACUCUUUAUUGUCUGUAAAUCUAACAUGAUUACUUUUCCUCUUAGAAGAAUAUUGUAUUGUUAGAUGUUCGUUGAGCUGGUAACAUCCUUGCAACGGCUACAAUAUCUUCGUUAGUAAUCUGUAUAAUACUUUGUAUACAAGUACUGGUAAGAUUGUUAUUAAAUGUAGCUUCAGUCAUUAAAUUACUAGAGUAAAGUAGUACCUCUGUAAUAUUUAUAAUGUAUUAAGCCCACAGUAUAUUUUAUUUUGUGUGUGUAAUGUAAGUGUUAUUUAUUCAAGAGAAAACAUUUCAUCAUGUCUAUUGUCCAAAGUUACCUGGAAUCAAAUAAAAAUUCUAGAUUACCAUGAAGAACAGAAAA